AUGAGUGAAUUCUUCUAUCCAGGCGGCAAAAUUCCUGUGAAUUACGAUAUAGCAAUGGCAUUCGAUACCAGCGUAGAUGGAGAUACAAAUUUCGGAGGAGCCUGUCUGGUAAGUCCGAGCCAGAAAAUAAUACUUGCAGUUGGUGUUAUUGAGGAUAGUGGAGGAUUUAGCGAUGUACUCACUGCUACCAAUGAAUUAGGACAUUUGUAA